GGGGGGGCCCCAGCGCCCGGCUCCCGCGGCAGCAUGCCCGCCAGCGCCCCUCCGCCGCGCCUCCCGCGGUCGCCGUCGCCGUGGCCGCCGUGGCGGCGGCCGCUGUGGCUGCUGCUGCUGCUGCUGCUGGGCCUGGGCGGCCGCCGCCUGCGCGCAGAGCCCGGCGACGGCGCGCAGACCUGGGCCCGCUUUGCGCGUCCUCCCGCCCCGGAGGCCGCGGGGCUCCUGCACGACACUUUCCCCGACGGCUUCCUCUGGGCCGUGGGCAGCGCCGCCUACCAGACCGAGGGGGGCUGGCGACAGCAUGGCAAGGGCGCGUCCAUCUGGGACACGUUCACCCAUCACCCCUCGGGCCCCCCUAGCCACCCUCCGCUCGCCGACCCCCCGUCGGGCGCCCCGUCGCCUCCCCCUCCUGCCACUGGAGAUGUGGCCAGCGACAGCUACAAUAACGUCUUCCGCGACACCGAGGGGCUGCGCGAACUCGGGGUCACCCACUACCGAUUCUCUAUAUCCUGGGCGCGGGUGCUCCCCAACGGCAGCUCCAGCGCCCCCAAUCGCGAGGGGUUGCGCUACUACCGACGCCUGCUGGAGCGGCUGCGGGAGCUGGGCGUGCAGCCCGUGGUCACCCUGUACCACUGGGACCUGCCCCAGCGCCUGCAGGACACCUACGGCGGCUGGACCAGCCGGGCCCUGGCCGACCACUUCAAGGAUUACGCCGAGCUCUGCUUUCGGCACUUCGGCGGCCAGGUCAAGUAUUGGAUCACCAUCGACAACCCCUACGUGGUGGCCUGGCAUGGCUAUGUCACCGGGCGCCUGGCCCCCGGCGUGCGCAGCAGCCCGAGGCUGGGGUAUCUGGUGGCACACAACCUUCUCCUGGCUCAUGCCAAAAUCUGGCAUCUCUACAACACUUUCUACCGACCCACUCAGAGAGGGCAGGUGUCCAUUGCUCUCAGUUCCCACUGGAUCAGUCCACAAAGAAUGACAGAUCAUAACCUCCAAGAAUGCCAAAAAUCUCUUGACUUUGUACUAGGCUGGUUUGCCAAACCCAUAUUCAUUGAUGGUGACUAUCCUGAGAGCAUGAAGCAUAACCUUUCCUCUCUUCUGCCCAGUUUUACUGAAUCAGAGAAAAAGUUCAUCAAAGGGACAGCUGACUUUUUUGCUCUUUCCUUUGGACCGACCUUGAGUUUUCAACUUUUGGAACCUCACAUGAAAUUUCAUCAGUCAGAAUCUCCCAGCCUGAGGCAACUCUUGUCUUGGAUUGACCUUGAAUAUAAUCAUCCUGCCAUAUUUAUUGUGGAAAAUGGCUGGUUUGUCUCAGGGAACACCAGAAGAGAUGAUGCCAAAUACAUGUAUUACCUCAAAAAGUUUAUAAUGGAAACCUUAAAAGCCAUCAAGUUGGAUGGAGUCAAUGUCACUGGGUACACUGCAUGGUCCCUGAUGGAUGGUUUUGAGUGGCACAGAGGUUAUAGCAUCCGACGUGGCCUCUUCUAUGUCGACUUCCUCAGCCAGGAAAAGAAGUUGCUGCCCAAGUCUUCAGCCUUGUUCUACCAAAAGCUGAUAGAGAACAAUGGCUUCCCUCUUUUACCUGAAAAUCAACCCCUAGAAGGGACAUUUCCCUGUGACUUUGCUUGGGGAGUUGUUGACAACUACAUUCAUGUAGAUACUACUCUCUCUCAGUUUACUGACCAGAAUGUUUACCUGUGGGAUGUCCAUCACAGCAAGAGACUUAUCAAAGUGGAUGGAGUUGUGGCCAAGAAGAGAAAGUCUUAUUGUGUUGACUUUGCUGCCAUCCUACCCCAGGUGGCCUUACUGAAGGAAAUGCACAUUACCCAUUUUCACUUCACCCUGGACUGGGCUCUGAUCCUUCCUCUAGGGAACCGGUCCCAGGUAAAUCACUCCAUCCUGCACUACUAUCGCUGCGUGGUCAGCGAGCUGGUCCGUGCCAAUAUCACACCGGUGGUGGCUCUGUGGCAACCUACAUCCCCACACCAAGGCCUGCCCAGUGCCCUGGCUAAACAUGGCGCCUGGGAGAACCCAAACACUGCACUGGUGUUUGCAGAGUAUGCGGGCCUGUGCUUCAAAGAGCUGGGCCACCAUGUGAAGUUCUGGAUCACGAUGAAGGAGCCCAACACCAGGAACAUGACCUACCGAGCCGGCCACCACCUUCUGAAGGCGCAUUCAUUGGCUUGGCGUGAGUAUGAUGAGAAAUUCAGGCCCAUUCAGAAAGGCAAAAUAUCCAUUGCCUUGCAGGCUGAUUGGAUAGAACCUGCCUGUCCUUUCUCCCCCAAAGACCAAGAAGUGGCUGAGAGAGUUUUGGAAUUUGACAUUGGCUGGCUGGCAGAGCCCAUUUUCGGUUCUGGAGAUUAUCCACAGGUGAUGAGGGACUGGUUGAACCAAAGAAAUCAUGUUCUCCUACCUUAUUUCACUGAAGAAGAAAAACAACUCAUCCAGGGUUCCUUUGACUUUUUAGCUUUAAGCCAUUAUACCACUAUCCUCGUAGAUUGGGAAAAAGAAGAUCCGAGCAAAUAUAACCACGACUUAGAGGUGCAAGAAAUGACAGACAUCACUUGGCUCAACUCUCCCAGUGAGGUGGCGGUGGUCCCCUGGGGCCUGCGCAAGGUGCUGAGUUGGUUCAGAUUCAAGUACGGAGACCUCCCCAUGUACAUCGUUGCCAACGGCAUCGAUGACGAUCCCCUUGUCGAUGAGCAAGACAAGCUGAGGGUGUAUUACCUACAGAAUUAUAUAAACGAAGCCCUGAAAGCCUACAUAUUGGAUGGUAUCAAUCUUUGUGGAUACUUCGCUUAUUCAUUCAGUGAUCGCUCCGCUCCAAACUUUGGCUUCUAUUAUUAUCUGGCAAAUCAGUUUGAGCCCAAACCAUCCAUGAAACAUUACAGGAAGCUAAUCGACAACAAUGGUUUCCUGGGCACCAAAAGUCUGGGAAGGUUUUGUCCAGAAUAUACAGAGUGUGCUGAAUGUGGCUUUUUUCACACUCGGAAGUCAUUAUUGGCUUUCCUUGCUUUUCUGUUUCUUGCUUUUAUUGUUUCUCUUUCUCUUAUUUUUUACUAUAACAAGAAAGGCAGGAGAAGUUACAAAUAACCAGAACAUUUUCCUAGCCAUUUGUUUGGACAUAAUUAUGCACACAUCAGCUGCUAGCUGUUUUCACUUCUCAGUGUUAUAAAACUAAAUUUCAUAUAGAAAAUGCUUUUGUGGCACAUGACAAAGAUUUAAAUGAGUGUAGAGACAGUAAAAUAUGGAAUAAUGUGAAUAGAGUCUGGAUUCAUUCCUUUUGGGAUGAUUAAGAAAUUGACAGGUAUCAUAAUUUCCCCAAUAGGAAAGCAUUAAAAAGAAUAGAAACCACAUCAAUGCAAAUAGUGGACAGAAAUUAGAAGGAAAAAAUUAGGAAUUUUGUAUGUGUGUCCAUUUUUCAAUUUCAUGUUUUUCUUAAAGUAAUAAUUGAAAAUUUUAGAAUAAAAAGUUGAGUCCCUCUCAGUUGCCAUGGUGAAACCUAAUGACAAUGCCUCUAGCUAACCUAGUUUCCCAUGAGCAAGAUGAUAGACCAUAUAUAGGAGACAUGACACAGGGCCCCGAGGCAGAAACAUUUCUUUUCUUUUCUUUUUUAUUUUUGUGUAUGCCAAUCUGGGGCUUGAACUCAGGGCUUGGGUGCUGUCCUUUAGCUUUUUUGCUCAAGGCUGGUACUCGAACAGUUAAGCCACUUAAAGCUUCUUGGAAUCUCAUGCACUUUCCUGCCUGGGCUGGCUUUGAAUUUUGAUUCUUAGAUCUCAGCCUCCUGAGUAGCUGGGAUUACAGGCAUGAACUAUUGGCACAGUGACUUUUUUUAAAGUCAGCAUUUCCAUCAAAGGAUGCUGACACUAAUUUAUAUUUAUGGCUAAUGAUAUAUUAAGAGAGCAAGCUAUGACAAUUUAUACUUUAUGUGAAUUCUUUGAGCUUUCUUUUUAAAUCCCAGGUCCUUGAGGGCUUUUGCUACUGGUCUCUUAUUGAGAGUCUCUGUAACAAGAGACUUCAGAUAAAUGUUUGCAAAAACUGAAGAUGAAUUAUGGGAUGCUGGCCUUUUCAGUAAGCAGAAAGCAAUUGUGAAAUGUAGUAUACUACAAGGUUUCUAGGUGAAAGGAAGAAAAUGUGCUUUUUAUGAGCAACAUGGUUAAUCCAAUCAUAUAUCCUUUUAUUUUUGAGCAGACCUUGAAAUGAAUGAAAUGGCCCUAGUGCACAAAAUGAAACAAUAACUCAUUUUGUGAAGAGUGCUUCAACACUGUUCUUAGAAAUGUGCCAGCAAUUCCUCGAAUUGAUAGUUUUCAAAGUUCCUAAUAGGUUCCAAAGCAAUCAGGUCUGAUAACAUAGGAAGGUUUCUUUCUUUUUUGUGUGUCAUCUUGGAGAUUCAAUUUAUGUUUCUUUUGUGUUCAUGGAAGUAGCUUUGAAUUAGCUUUGCUUCAAACUUUUGCACAGAAACAUGCUACUGAUUUCUACAGAAAAGGGCUAAUUAGAUCUUCUCCUUUGCUGCCCUUCGAGUAUGUCUUGCUGAUAAUCAAGAAUUCUCCCAAUUAUACUGUAGUUGUUUUAUACAUAAGCCUAUGUCAUAUGAGGCAAGACAAAGCAGUCAUAACAGGCAUUACUAACCUUGCUGACACUGGUUCUUACAGUAUAAUAAAUAUAAAUAAAUAAAUAUAAUAUUGUAUAUCAUCUCCAGAGGUGGUACCAUUUUUUUCCAUGAAAGAUGAUUUUAGUGGUAUUCUUGAUAAAGUCGAAAUUGUUACUAAAACCUGACACAAGAGAAUCAAUAGUUUUAUUUUGUGUACAUAUUUUUCUGAUCAUAAGUGAUGUAUAUUAAUUGUAAAAAAAUUUAAAACACAAAAGCUGUAUAUAAAGAAAAAUUGUCUAUAACUUCAUAUUCAUGCGGCAGCCACUGUUCAUGUUUCCUAUGGAGUUUCUUUUACAUAGUCAGAUCAAAUUAUCUGUAUUUAUGUAUUUAUAUGAAUUCUUAUGAUGUAACACAGUCAUUAGUCUGCAAAUGCAUGACUUUAAAUAUUUGUCAAAAAUUGAUUUUACUAUAUAAAUAUAUCACAACUGAUUUAGCCAUUUCCACUCAUUGGACCAGUUUCUGAUUAUUGUCAAAUAAUGAAUAUUGUUUAAAAUAACAUUUUGCUAUGAUUUAUUUUGUUUCCUUGAAUGUAGAGAAGAAUAGCAAAUUGUUAGAAUAAAUCUGUCUGCAACUUUA